AUGCUGGGGCAGAUUCUCGAAGUCCUUAAAGGAUCAACGAUCGCAGAAGAACGCGGAAAAGAUGACAGUUCAAAGUUUUGGGCGACGUACAAGAAAGUUUCGACUGAGUACGACGACGAUUUCCUUGGGCGGGCCAAUGACGACAUGGGAAUUAUUCUGACUUUUGUACGUUUGUUUCUACGUCUCUCAAUGCAAGUCUUACAGGCGUAUUAG